AGCAGCAUAUUCAGGAAGCAGCAGCCACAGUCAUGGACACUAAUGGACUAAAGAAUUUGAAUAUUGAUCCAGAGAAGCUGUUCACCAAGCUUGAGCGGAUCGGAAAGGGAUCAUUUGGAGAGGUCUUCAAAGGCAUUGACAAUCGCACUCAACAGGUCGUUGCUAUAAAAAUCAUUGACCUGGAGGAGGCUGAAGAUGAAGUGGAGGACAUCCAACAGGAGAUUACAGUCCUCAGCCAGUGUGACAGCCCCUUCAUCACUAAAUACUAUGGCUCUUAUCUGAAGGACACAAAACUAUGGAUCAUCAUGGAAUAUUUAGGAGGGGGCUCAGCUCUGGAUUUGCUGGGACCUGGAGCUCUUGAUGAGUCUCAUAUUGCCACCAUCCUUCGAGAGAUCCUGAAGGGUCUGGAUUACCUACACUCGGAGAAGAAAAUUCACAGAGAUAUUAAAGCUGCUAACGUCCUGUUAUCAGAGCAGGGUGAUGUGAAGCUAGCUGAUUUUGGUGUGGCUGGGCAGCUCACAGACACACAGAUCAAGAGGAACACAUUUGUGGGCACUCCAUUCUGGAUGGCACCAGAAGUCAUUAAACAGUCAGAGUAUGACUCAAAGGCAGAUAUUUGGUCAUUGGGCAUAACUGCAAUUGAGCUGGCAAAAGGAGAGCCACCCCACUCUGAUCUUCACCCCAUGAAGGUGUUAUUUCUCAUCCCUAAGGAAAACUCACCCACAUUGGAAGGAAACUACAAUAAAGCUCUCAAAGAGUUUGUAGAUGCCUGUCUCAAUAAAGACCCCAACUUUAGGCCAACAGCUAAAGAGCUUUUGAAACACAAAUUUAUUCGAUAUGCCAAGAAGCCAUCAUACCUGACAGAUCUCAUAGACAAGUACAAGAGAUGGAAAGUAAAACAGGCCCGUGACGAGUCCAGCUCAGAUUCAGACUCAGAUGAUGGUAAAGCAUCUGGAGAGUCUGUGAAUGAUGACUGGAUCUUCAACACUAUCAUAGACAGAGAGCCCAAAUGGAAACAUAAUGGAGUCAUAAAGAAUGAAGAACCCAAACGCAAAGAGGUUCCAGACAGUGCAAAAAAGUCUCCGUCCCAGUGCAUGUCUUCUAUUAUGUCCCCAUUGUUUGCAGAGCAGAAGCGAAAUGUUUAUAAGCCAGCGGUGUUAGAGGAGCUGAAGCAGGCAAUGCUCCUGGCUGAAGAGACAUGUCCCGGGAUCACUGACUCUAUGGUGACGGGGGUGGUUCAGAGGUUCAAGAGGUUUUCCUCUCAUCACUGACUGACUCUGCGUGAAGACUCUUUCUCUGUGGGUGUGACGUCUGACUCACAGUGCACUUCAACACGCGCACAGCUGAAUGCUGAGUGUUUCUUUAGAAAGAUGUUGUAGCAUAGUGUGUGUAUUACAUGUUGUUAUUAUAGUGGGAUUCUGAUUAAGCCAUUUACAUUCUCAGGUACUUCCUGUGUGUAUAUAAGUGAUAAAUGUGGACUGGAUUUGUUUAACAACCCUAUAGAAUCAUGUGAUAACUGAAGUUUUCCUUUGUGUUGAUAUUUCCUAUAGAGUGCUGCAGUGAUGACGUAUUUUUGUUGGUCAACCUGUACGUUAGCAUCACCCUGGUUCCCUUGACAAAAACCCAAUAGUUUUUUCCAUUGGCUUUUGGAUAAUUACAGAAAAUAAGCUCUGUGACAAACAAGUUUAUGAUUCUUACACAUUUUGUUCUUGAUAAUCUUCAAAAGGAACGCAACUUUUAUGAAUUUUGAAGUCUAAAUACAAUCGCCAGAAAUACAAAGCUAAACAUAGGCUAUAAACAAACUACACCAUGAUCACGACUUCAACAUCACCACCAUUAAGGGUCUGACAGCUCUUUCAGUCUUUAUUUAAAUAACAUUUUCCCUGAAAGUUUGAGUACACAAUGAUGCUGUGAUGUUUAAUGUCCCUGACAACCUCUGUAGUCCCAUUUAGAUACAUGUUAGCAAACACACUUUUCCAGACAAGUAAAAGCUUUUUAAAAAAAUCACAAGGGAGUUUUACUGAAGUGUUGAUGUCUUAGAAUAAAACUGGGAAAUAUCUUUGGCUUGAAAUCAUAUUGAAAAAACUCAUAAAACAAGCAUCAACUUCAGAACGAUGGAAACAGAAGUGCUAAAAUGCUAACUUGAUUGCAGGUUUUGGCCUACAAAAAUACGUCAUUCUCAUCAGUUCUCUACUGAAACAGGAUGUUGGUGUGGGUCGGGAUAUAUAAAAUAUAAAAUAUCCUUUUUUUAUUUAAAAAGCCAGUAGCCUUUUACAUCAAAGCCGCAACUGAUGCUACUUGCUAUUGCUAGUCAGAGACAGGUGAUAUCAGGGGGAGGGGCUUCUCAUUCUAAAGAGCAUGUGAUUGGACUAAACUGGAUAAACACAAAAUGAGUGGCCAUUUCCAGUGGAAAAAAAAAUACUCACUAAUUCCUGGAAGAGAGUGUAAAUAUUUAAUUUUAUUUAUCUGUUAAAAAUAAAACUGUCAACUUAGCCUACUGAAACUUAGCGCAGAAACAUGAACUAAAAGCUAGAAAUGUUGUUCUUAAGGGGUUUGUCUUAUAUCUGCUGUUUUUUACAGAACUGUAAUAAUUAAAUUACUGUUGAUUGUUCUUUUUUGAUUUGCUGGUAAAGUUUAAAAAAAGACUAUAAUAUUAAAAACAUAUUAACAGAUUUGUAUUCCUUUAAAUUGUAAUUUUCUUUGUUUUAUUACAAGCCCCGAAGUUUUUUUUUUUUUUUUUAAUAUCCCAAAAGUGCUUAUUGUAUCAAUAUCUUAGCAACAUGCUGGAUGGAUCAUAGGUUUGGAAACCAUAAUCUUCAUUUUUAUAGUCAGUGUUUAAGGUUUUUGUGAUAGGAAAGUUUAACUUAUUCAUGUUAAUUAUUGUACAGCAAACAAAUGGUAUUUUAAAGCUCAAGUGUGUCAUGUCUAAACCACAAGCAAUCAAAAUUGCAAAAAAUCUUGUAUACGCUGGAAUGAUUAAGUAUCUUAACAUCAGAAAAUUACAUACUUGUGCUUUAAAUGGUCCCUCAAGUCCAUUCUGUGGAAACCCAUUAGAUGCUCCAUUUAGAAGUAAACUAUUUUUGUUGUGCUUCCUGUUUCUCCAGUAGCUCUGAGUUACAGCACUUCUGAUUGCACCUGAAUGAUAACAGCAUUUUAAUGCGGUGUUACGUAAAAGAAGGUCCUGUGGGAUUACAGGACUAUAAAUCUGUGCUAAAGUUCGAAUCAGACUAACAUACAUUCGUGGCAUACUAGCAAUCACCACUACGAUGACCCUUAUUAGUAUCUUUUGAGGAAGCACCAGUGUCGUUUAACCCACUGCUAAAAACGGGCUUGAGUGUGUCGAUAACAACUGAACUAAUCGAACGGCAGUGACAACUGAGCAAAUUCACACAAUUUUAAUUCUUACAUCAAAAAACAAGAUCAAAAUUUCUCACUCUAUAUACAGAUAUUACAUACAAUGUUUAUACACUUAUUACAUAAUUUUUACACAAGAAAAAUAUACAUAAAAAUGUAAACUUUUGUAUACAAAAAAAUACCUUAGACAAAUUAAAGACCAAUAACAAAAGGUGACUAGACUAUCCUAUGAGUUUUAAAAACAGUUCUACAGUACAUUCAGUGAGUACAGGAAUCAGUCAGCCAUCCUAACGCAGAGUGCAAGCGAUUUCUGUCAGGGGUUUCUCUGUGCAGCAGACCUGCCGUCGUUCGCACAGCACACACAGUAGUAACACAGUAAAAACGUGGACCGCACACAACAAUUCAGCUCGUUAGAGAAACGAAAAGGCUUUUGUCACAACUGAUCAACAUUGGUGGGGAGAAUAAACAAAGACGACUCUUGUUCACAAGAACCUGUGGAACGAAGUGCAGGUGAAAGUGCAUCUGAACACAGGAAGUUUAAGGGGGAGGAAUCUUGAGGUUCACUGAAAAUGAAGUAAUGGCCUGUGAUCAUUCUGGCACUCCGAUCUUGUUCAUGAAAAAUCUUCAUAAAUUUGAGUGGUUUUAAACCAAUUCAAAUGCAACAAUUUUAUAUUCUACUGGUUUUAGAAAUGAAUUCAAUGUACGUAACAGCAGUUUUAAGAACUGUUCAAUUCAAUGCAACAGUUGGCGUAAGAACGAACCGAAUCGUUUCUAUAAACCAUUCUUGCGUAAACGGUCACAUUGACUUUUAGAAAUUGGUUUUAUUCAGUGUAAUAAUUUAUGGUUUCUCAAACAAUUAACAUUCUGCUGGUUUUUCAUGAAUGAGACCCAUAAUCUUUUGGACUAGUGAGAUUGGAUCAAAGUGGGGUUGUCAAAAGCACCGACCGCGAUACCAAGUUGAUACUGAAAUUUUAAAAAUGUGACGCUUUGAGCGCUGUUGAGUGGAUUCUUAAACACCUCUGAUUGGCCAUUGUGUUCACGCCCUCAACAGAUAUGUCUGUGAUUGGCUACAAUGAUCAACACACAAAAGUGUUUGAAUUUGAAAACAGGCGUACUUUCAAACACUCCCGUGUGUAUCUGCGUAAUCGCUCUGAGAAGAGCGUCAUGUCUAUUAUGAUGUCUAUUACAACUUUUUGAAGCAUUAAUCAUUGUAGCCAAUCACAGACAUAUCUGAUGAGCCCGUGAACAUUUGCCAAUCAGAGGUGUUUACGAAUCCGCACAUCAACGCUCAAAGCGUCACAUUUUUAAAAUUUCAGUACCCACUUGGUAUCACGGUUGGUACAUUUGACAACACUAGAUCAAAGUAAGUGUGAUGAGGGCCAUGGUUGUGGUUUUAUGUCUUUCAGGGACCACUGACUGUUACUUUUUAAUAGCUAUCAAAAAUAUUGUUGCACAUGAUCACAGUCUCUUCGUCCGAAUAAAUGACACAGAUACACAACAUCAAUAAAAAUGAUUAAUCACGAGAGUUUUGAUAGCCAUUAAAACUACCAAACAUUAUGCCACUAAAUGCUUCAGUUCCACCAAGUAUUUUGCAAAUGACUAGUUUUCUUUUUUUUUUCCAUCAAAAAAAAAAAAAAAAUCUUGUUUAUCUUUCGCCACUCAAUUCACCCAAUAAAACCCAAUCUAGAGGUUUCUAUUCUAUAAAUAUAUUUAAAUACUUAAUAUAUGAGAUCAUUGUUCAGUGUCUAAAAUCUACCAAAAACCUUGGUUUUACGGUCAGAACUUCAAAAGAGAAAAUGAAAUCUGCAGGGAACAUUGGUCCCACGUGGCGUAAGGCUGACUGACGGUGGCUAAAAAUGGCUGAUUUUGAACCUGACACUUCUGUGGAAGUCUGGAGAAGAACCAUCAGGCUGCACAAACCA